CCCUAUCUUAUCGCUUAAUCAGAGGUGUUAACGGACUGCACUGUUAAGUUAAAUUAAAACGACACGAAAUGUUUUUGGCUCUGGCGGUCACAUUUUGAACGUAUUGAAACUGAAACCCUGCCCUCUUCCUCGCCUCCAGGCAAGCAGUAGGAGGGCACAGGCAGAAAAGAGCAACCAGCCGAUACAUUGUUUUGAACAGGCAGCUAACUUCUGUGUGGAGUUUUAACGCUAACUGUUAGCCUCGACCAGAAAAGCCACCAAAGCGUGUUGGUUAGGCGUUUGUGGUUAAACUGGUAACGAUAGUUUAAUCAAAAUGGUGACUUUCUCUGCGGUAGUAAGACCUCUGGUUUCUCACCUACAGCGACAGCUCGUCAGACACACCAAGAGUCACCGGAUAACGCCUGUCAGAAGAUGCAACCUGAUAGCGUGUUCAAGCAAAAAUGUGCUAUCUCAAAUGCAUCCCAUGUGGCAGGGACCCCUCGCGGUACCAGGAGGUGAUCGUCAGUCUCCUAUUGAUAUCGUCGUAAGAAAAAGCGUCUUAGACUCUGAGCUGAAGCCUCUGGUGACCAGUUAUGAUCCACAGACCUGCCAGCAAAUCUGGAACAAUGGUUAUUCCUUUCUAGUCGAGUAUGAUGACACAACAGACAAAUCCACACUUAAAGGAGGCCCCCUGCAAGACAAAUUCAGACUGUGUCAGUUCCACUUCCACUGGGGUGAGACCAACGCUUGGGGGUCAGAGCACACUGUGGACCGGAAGCUGUUCCCUGCAGAGCUCCACUUGGUCCACUGGAACGCUGAUAAGUACAGUCUGUUUGAAGAGGCUGUGAUGGAAGAUAACGGACUGGCUGUUAUUGGAGUUUUUCUGAAGGUGGGGAAGAGACACGAGGGCCUGCAGAAGCUGGUUGAUGCUCUGCCUGCAAUCAGACACAAGGACAGUGUAGUUGAGUUUAACCGGUUCGACCCCGCCUGUCUGUUACCCACUAACAUUGACAACUACUGGACGUACCACGGCUCUCUGACCACCCCCCCUCUCACUGAGUCAGUCACCUGGAUCAUCAUGAAGCAGCACAUAGAAGUCAGCCAUGACCAGCUGGCUGUCUUCCGGAGCCUUCUGUUCACCUCAGCUGAGGAGGAAGUGCAGAAGAGCAUGGUAAACAACUUCCGUGUGCAACAGCCUCUGCGUGGUCGCACCGUCCGUUCCUCCUUCACUCCCUUCCUGCAGGAGGCGCCGUCGGCUGAAGGCGACAAGCAGAACCACUGACGCUGCCGGACUCCCAGUAAACAGCACGAUGCUGCUCAUUGACAUCUGAAGCUACAAGUAGGACAAAGUUUCCUAAAAGGAGCUUUGUGCUGAGUUUUUUUUUUUCUUUUCAUUAAAAAUAAUCAGUAUUUUGUUUUUAGAAACGGAAUAUUUUACACAGAGGAUCUACGAAGCUGAGAUUGUUUCUUCUCUCAGAUUUUGGUUUGAUUGUUUCAGACCAGUUUCCAAUAAGGGAUAGCUGCUGUGGGGGUAAAUGUAGUUUUAAUGACAUAAAUCAUUUAUUGUACAUUUACAGUUCAUUGAGUUGUGUGAGAGUUUUUACCUGCAGCUUUCAUCCACUGAGCUGUGGGUAAAACGUCAACCACUGAUGCUCUGAGCUCCUCUUGGUGGUGCUUUUAUCCUCAGGAGGAGGCUGGGGCUGCUGUCAGUUUAUAGCACAAUGCUCUAGAGAUUUUAAUAAGUUGUCGAGGGAAUGUUUCUCCAGGAAAAUAUAUCAAACAUCAUCAAACAUAUGUUAUAAUAAGCGCUUUAUAGAAAGCCCAUAUGUUUGAUUUAAUUUUGAUUUCAGACUACAGACAUAAACUAAAUGUUUUCCUAGUGUUACAAAGAGAUUAUCUUGUAUACCCUACAUCUGACAUUCAGAAACACUUGUUUGAUUCAAACAUCUUUUACUUCAGAGUUAUAAAACUCUUAUUUUGCCUUGAUUCUCCUUUUUAAAAAAACUGUUACUAAUAUGCACAAACAUGUCUGGUUACUGUUGCACAUGCAUGUAUUUAAAUAAUAUUAUUUGAGGGGAAAAAACACACUCUUCUCCUCCAGUACUCUAUUUUGCAGUAGUCUCAUGCACCACAGCCUCAGUGCCUUAGACGCUCUUAGAGGAUGGAAAAUAUCUCUGUUCCUACGCUUUAAACUUUGGCUCAUGUGCAGAGGACGAUCAAGCCAGAGUUAUGGCUGAGUUGGCGUUUACUUUCAUCCUCACUUAAUUUGUCUUGUUUUAGACGGUCUGAUCAGACCCAGGGCAUCGUAGAAAAAUUCACUAAACAUUAAUAUGAUCAAACUUCCAGCUCUAUCAGGAUCAGGCUUCAUCUGUCUGUGAUUUAGUUUGCAUCUACUUGUAUUAGAUGAUAAAAAUGAAUCAAAAUAAUAUAAUAAAACAGAUUUAUCGUUGUGUUGGGAUGGUUUUUAAUGUUAGUUUUAGUUUAAAAUAAGUGAAUACGCACAAAAGGAGUUUCCUUAACCACCACCUGACCACAAUGUUUGUUUGCUAUUGAUGUUCUGUAUAUGGAACUGCUUUAAUUCUUUACAGUAAAUAACAAAAGCUCUUGUGCUUUCUUUUCUUUUUUUCGUCCAAUGACAGAUGAAUAUUUUAUAAUUAAGAGCGAGUUUGAGUCACGUUGGAUUUUGUAAAAAGUCUGGCGGUGCUCUAGCCUUAGCCCUCAUCCAGUAGUUGUGGUACAAACUGUGCAGCGCUGUUAGAAAGAUAAAGUUUGAGGAACAAAUGGCAGAGGAAGGGAGAGUAGGCGGAUAAGAAGAUAAGGCGGCACAUUAAAAGACCCGUUCUGCUUUUUCAGGCGUAGAUGAGCUCGGGUCAGGAAGCAGGAAACCACAUCAUAUCUGGCCACUUGCUGAGGCUUGCUCCACUAACACAGUUGAUUUGAGGCAGAAGUGAGAGGUCACGGCUGUCUUCAUAAUCCCUCUUUAACAAUGCAGCUAUCCAAACGGUCCCUCUUCUUCACCCCCAAACCUACAUGAGGCGUGAAAAGCCCGCUCGGCCUCCCCAGCAGGUCCUCCAUCCGCUCGUCCCGGCUGAGGCUGGUCAUGACGGCGUGCACUGACUGAACGGACAUGAGUGAUGUUAACUUGGAGUGAAGGCUGCAGAAUAGCUACAUAAACACUGAGGGGGUCAAAAGGGGCAGAAAAGAAGUGAGCGUGUUGUUGAAGUGGAAUUCGAUGAGGUUGUUUUUUUUUUUGUUUUUUUUUUUCGUAUUCUUUUUCUUCUGCAUUCAUGUGUUUUACUAGCAAAGGAUCUAGUGUUACCUUCAUCCUGUAAAACUGUAUUUUAUUGAUAAAUAUGAAUCAUCUGCCUUCAUUUUUCGUGGCAGUUUAUUAAUUUUAUGUACUUUUUCUGCCUUUUUUUAAUUACAGUGGUAUUAAUAUCAAUAUGUUUCAAUGCAAAUGUUCAAUAAAUGUUAAAUGUUUGUUUAAAUGGCCUUUUCUCACAGAGUAGAAGUAAUUAAAAUCUGUUUACUUCAUUAAUAAGUAGCGAAAAUUGACUAAAUCGAUAAUGUAUAACAGUUACAUGUUUUGAUAUGGCUUGUAUCACUGUUUGCCUUUUAAUGGCCGUCACCCUGCUGUGUUUUGUUUAACAUGUUUGUCCUUCCUGGCCUGCUGUAGCUCAGUGUUUUAGCAGGUGUAUGCUGUGUAUACUGUACACUGCACAUUUCAACUGUUUAUUUGUACAGUGUACAGCCUACAUUCCUGCCCUGCAGGAACCCGCCGGGCCCCUCUUCCUCCCAGCAUGCUUUGCUCCACCUGGUUGGUUUCUUGGAGAUCCCUAAUCCAGCUGAGAGGCCCUCCUGCUCCUCAAGGAAGGGAGAUUGUAAACCACCCAUUUUUAACAUGAAUGAUUUUAAUUUUUUUUUUUUUUUUUUGUUUAAAGAAACAGACACUAAUAUCUGAUGUAUAAUAAUAAAGCAAUAUGUGAUUAUAAAGGAAA